AUGAGCAACGAGUUAAAGCGAACGCUGUCUGAUGUCCAACAAAAUGCAACAGGUGUGCCCACAACAAACUCGCAGAGUGCGCCUCAAUCACAAACUGCACGUCCUUCACAACAACAACAACAACAGCAACAAGUCAGAAGCAAUCAGCCUCAGUACUCCCAGGCCGAUUUGAAUCGAAUAGUGCUCGACUACUUGAACAAAAAGGGCUAUCACAGGACAGAGUCUAUGCUUCGAUUGGAAAGUACUAGCUCGCCAACGCCAGCAGCGGCUCCUGUUACACCAUCAACCACUGAAUUAGCUUCACCCGGCGAGCUAGUGGUCAAUAUGGAGGAAAAAUUGAGUCAAAACGACAAGGAGUUGAGGGAUCUCAAAGAAAAGCAAUCAAAAGUCGAGCGUGAACUACAAGAAACAAAGGACCGUGAGGCAAGGUUGGCCAAAGAAGCCGACUUGAGACAAUUGAAAGCAUUGGAAGCUAAAACUAGAAUUGAAAAUGACCCCGAUACUUACUUCACGGCUUAUUCAAUGCUCAGGAAAUGGGUCGAGUCUUCGUUGGAUUUGUACAAGCCCGAGUUGUCGCGAGUUUUGUAUCCGUUGUUUAUACAUUGUUUCUUGGAUUUGAUAACAAAAGGGUAUGAUGCCAAAGCAAAGCAGUUUUUUGACAAGUACAAGUCGGAUCAUUUGAUAUUACACGGCGUGGAAAUAAGGAAGUUUGCAGGGUUGUCGUUGCCUGAACAUGUACAAGAGAAUGAGGUGGCAGUAGCUUACCGAAAACACAGAUACAGAAUAUUGGUAUCAAAGACAUCACUUAAUUUGUUGUUGUAUUUCCUUCAUGAGAAUGAGGCUGUUGGCGGUGCAGUUUUGAUACGCAUGAUCAAUCAAUAUUUGGAUCCUGUGAUCUCUAAGAAUAGGCCUGACAAGAUUGAUCAAGAAGGUGAAGCCAACCCAGAGGAAGGUAUAUCUGAAUAUUUUGCCAAUACAAAUGAGUUGGAAAAGUUCAACACCGAAAAGGAAGUGAAAUUAGGGAAGAUGCCGUUGGAUUCCGAAGUCAGCAAAGAAGUUGAGGCAGAGUUGAAGGUGAAGGAUGAGAAAGUAGCUCCUGUGAAUGACAAGACCCUUAGUGAAGAGUUUCAAGAAAUGACGACACCGGAUGCCGACUCACCAGCCAAGGAUUCAUUGCCGUUGCCCAUGAAAGAUGCAACUGAUAUCAAGAAAAUACUUUUGCAAGUUGAAGACUCGAGAUCGAAAAUUAAGUUGGGAGCAAUACAAGCCAGCUCUCCUUCUGUUUGCAUGUACAGUUUCUACAACACAAAUAAUGAAAUGACGUGUGUCGCUUUUAACGAAGAUUCGACACUAGUUGCAGCUGGCUUUCAAGGCAGCUAUGUCAGAAUAUGGAGCUUGGACGGUAAGCCACUUGAGUCUGCACUUAAAAAGGAUCGCAAGAAUCAUCAGUUACCAGAGAAUUCGAGGAAGUUGAUUGGUCAUAGUGGGCCCAUAUACGGCAUUUCAUUUUCCCCCGAUAAUAAGUUCCUUCUUACAUGUUCGGAAGAUAAGACGAUACGCCUUUGGUCUUUAGAUACAUUCACGGCGUUGGUGUCGUAUAAGGGCCACAACCAGCCAGUAUGGGACGUCAAAUUUUCACCAUUGGGACAUUACUUUGCAACAGCUUCUCAUGAUCAAACCGCAAGAUUAUGGGCUACCGAUCACAUAUACCCGUUAAGGAUAUUUGCUGGACAUAUAAAUGACGUUGAUUGUGUUGAGUUUCAUCCAAAUUCAAAUUAUGUCUUUACUGGAUCAAGUGACAAAACUUGUAGAAUGUGGGACGUCCAUACGGGCCAUUGCGUGAGAAUAUUCAUGGGCCAUACAAACUCCAUUAACUGCCUUGCUGUAUCGCCUGAUGGCAGGUGGCUUGCCAGUGCGGGUGAAGACAAUGUGGUUAAUUUGUGGGACAUCGGAACCGGUAAAAGAUUGAAAACAAUGAAGGGACACGGGCGAUCAUCUGUAUACUCCUUGUCAUUUUCGCGCGACGGUACCGUCUUGGUUAGCGGUUCGGGUGACAAUAGUGUGAGGGUGUGGGAUGUUAAAAAGAACACCAACGAUGCCGGCCCAGAGCCGGAAGCGUUUGUAACUACAAGCAAUGGCGAAGCUAGCGAGGAUAAGAAGAAUCAACAACAACAACAACAGCAGCAGCAACAACAACAACUAAGCAGGAGAGAUGUAAUUGCUAGUAGCGACCACAUGACUGCAUUUUUCACUAAAAAGACUCCAGUUUUCAAAGUCCAUUUUACGAGGAGAAACCUUUGUCUCGCUGCAGGUCCAUUCCAGGGGUAA